UCUUAAAAAAGAAAGAUUCACCAUGGCAACAACAGGCAUGCAAUUGCUAGGUUUGGUCCUGUCCAUCAUCGGCUGGGUGGGCGGGCUUCUUGUGUGUACCCUGCCCAUGUGGAGGGUCACCGCCUUUAUUGGAAACAACAUUGUGACGGCUCAGAUCACGUGGGAGGGCUUGUGGAUGAAUUGUAUCUGGCAGAGCACGGGGGAAAUACAAUGUAAGGUGUACGACAGCUUACUGGCUCUCCCCAGUGACAUGAAAGCCGCCCGGGGUUUCACUGUCAUGGCUUUGCUCAUCUGCACCCUUGCACUUGCUCUCGGUGUCCUGGGUAUCAAGUGCACGGAGUGUGUGGGGCACCAAAGCAGCAAGGCACGCCUGGCCCGAGUGUCGGGCAUUCUCUUCUUCAUCGCUGGGUUCCUCAUCCUCGUACCUGUCUGCUGGACCGCCCAUUCCAUCAUCAGGGAUUUCUAUGACCCGUACGUGGCGGCCCCUCACAAACGCGAGCUCGGGCCUAAUCUCUACCUGGGAUGGGGAGGUUCGGCUCUGCUGUUGAUCGGUGGAUCGCUGCUCUACGCCGGGUCGAAUCCUCCCGGGAUUCCCUCCUCUCCUACAUUUAGCAGCGGCGAGAGUAGUCCACGCAGAGCUGGAGGACCAGCCCAGGUCAAGGGCUACGUUUAAGGAGCAACACGACCGUCCCCGAAAGCCUUCUCUGCCAAUGUUUCCUAUUGUGAUAGAUUCAAGUUAAUGCUAUGGUGCAUCUGCGUCAUGCAUGAAUUACCGUAAUUACAGGUUUUCAGGAAUUUUAUGUAAAUGGUACCUUUGUAAGAAGAGCUAAAAUGGUUUUGAUCCCAACAACUACAGAUGGUUACAGAUUACAUACACACAGUUCUGUAUGAUGUACGAUUUUAUUACAGCCACUGUUACCUGGUGUGCUCUGUAUAUUCUUAUGAAUUUUUCUGGAACAUGAAUUAACUAUUAAAGUGUUUAAAUAUCUUGCUGUCAUAAACAACAAAACUGCACAUGAAUCUAUUUUGGCAUUACAAGUGUUGCCAUGAAAACAGGAAUGUGAGCAGCUCUGAAGAGUCAUCUUCUCGCGAUUACAGUAAUUUCAGGAUGUAAAUCCAGCAUUAAUAUAUUUUAUAUCAUUCAAAAUAUUUCUGUUUAUGUAAAGGAGGUAGAAAAUAGAAAUGUGAAAUUGAUUUUUUCUUUCCACCUCUAAUGUCCAGUUAAAAGUCUUGUCUUUAUCUGUAAUUGUCCAAUAUGUUAUUGAAUAAUAAAACCAAAAUAAUACAAACAUUAAA